UUGUGAUAUCAGGAGAUUACUAACAACAUACGUUUUUUAAUAUUGAUAAAUAUAUUGAUUGUAUUAUAUGGUAUAUAAAAUUCUCAAUAUAUAUAUUAUAUAUUAUCUCAAAUUCUCAAUAUUCUCAAUAUAUCGGAUAUAUAUAUUAUAUCUCAAUUCUCAAAUUCUCAUUGCAUAUUAUAUGGCCUUGUAUAUCUCUUUCUCUCUCGUAUAUCAAAUCGUAUAUCAAAGCUUUAUCUUUCAAAUCAUUGUUCUGACAUAAUAAUAAAUAAAUGCAGGGUUACUAUUACGGGUUACUCAAAAAAAAAAAAAAAGAGGGACCAUCCUUUCAUCAGUUAAUCACCCACAAAGCGCACGUACAAGAAACAUUUUA